AUGAGGAGUAUUCAUCAUGUGGACCACUUUGUGAAGAUGAUUGCUCCAAUAAAUGCCAAGGACAAGCCACAGGUUGCAAGAAGGGUUGCUUCUGCAAAAAUGGAUAUGUUCGACAUUCAUCAGGAAGAUGCAUACCUAUUGCAUCUUGUUCACAAUACACUUGUCCCCGCAAUGAAGAAUGGAAAGAGUGUGGUGAAGCCCCUUACUGCGAAGCAAUUUGUGGAUACCAGGGAAGAAAUUGCGAUGAUAGCAUUCAAUGUCCAGGUUGCUUCUGUCGAAAAGGCUACUACCGUCACCCGGAAACGUAUUCUUGCGUCACCUACAACCAAUGUCCAUCGGAAGAACCUCAGUGUCCCGCGGGAGAAGUGUACAAGUCUUGUGGAUAUUCCAAAGAUGAACAAUGCCAGUUUUACGGUGGGGAUUAUUACUCCGAGAAAUGCAAACCCGGAUGUUACUGCAUCAAUGGUUAUCGACUGUCAUAAACCUUGUGAAUCGGGAUGUUUUUGCAUUGCUGGGUACAAGAGGAUCGAUGGUGUUUGUCUGCAAAAAUCCUACUGUCCUCCGCCAAAGUGUCAAGGACCGAAUGAGAUAUACAUACCUUGUGGAAAAUCUUGCUACGAAGAUUGUUCGAAAACCCCAAAAGAUUGUUCAUACGAAACCUGCACCAGUGGUUGUUACUGUAAACCCAAUUACAAAAGGGUUAAUGGUGAAUGCGUUCCACAAGACAACUGCCCACCACCGGAAUGUCCGGUACAUGAAGUCUACAGUUCUUGUGGAAACCCAUGCUACGAUGAAUGUGGAAAAGCCAAGUCCGAUUGUCAGAGUGGAAAGUGCUACGCAGGAUGUUACUGUGAGAAAGGAUUCAAGAGGAUAGAUGGUGUAUGUGUCCCAGAGUCCAAAUGCGAAUCCUCAAGUACGAAAUGUGAAGGUCAAAAUGAGAUCUACAAAAAGUGUGGAAAGAGUUGCUACGAGGACUGUUCGAAAUCGCAGAAGGAUUGCCGCUAUGAAACCUGCUACUCGGGAUGUUUCUGCAAACCCAGAUACAAGAGAGUUGAUGGAGCAUGUGUUCCGGAAAAAGAGUGCCCACCUCCAGAAUGUCCACCUCAUGAAGUUUAUAUAACUUGUGGAAACUCUUGCUACGAUGAAUGUGGAAAGACCAAGUCUGAUUGUCAGGGUGGAAAGUGCUACGAGGGGUGUUACUGCCAGGAUGGGUACAAGAGAAUAGAUGGUGUUUGCGUUCCGGAGUUCAAAUGCGAACCCGUAAUUCCAAAAUGUCAGGGACAAAAUGAAAUCUACAAAAAGUGUGGAAAGACUUGUUACGAAGACUGCUCAAAAACUCAGAAGGAUUGCUUUUACGAAGCCUGUACCUCAGGGUGUUUCUGCAAACCGAAUUUCAAGAGAGUUGAUGGAAGUUGCGUUCCGGAAGAUGAGUGUCCUCCUCCCGAAUGUCCAGCAAAUGAAGUUUAUAUAACUUGUGGAAACUCUUGCUACGAUGAAUGUGGAAAAAGUAAGUCGGACUGUCAGAGUGGAAAGUGCUACGAAGGGUGUUACUGCCAGGAUGGAUACAAAAGGAUAGACGGUGUAUGUGUUCCAAAGUUCAAAUGCGAACCAUUAAUUCCAAAAUGUCAAGCGCAAAAUGAAAUCUACAAAAAGUGUGGAAAGACCUGUUACGAAGAUUGCUCGAAAACGCAGAAAGAUUGCUUUUACGAAACCUGUUUCUCAGGAUGUUUCUGCAAGCCUAAUUUCAAAAGAGUUGAUGGAGAAUGUGUUCCACAGGAGGAAUGCCUUUCACCGGAAUGUCCGGUAUAUGAAGUCUACAGCACUUGUGGAAACUCUUGCUACGAUGAAUGUGGAAAGACCAAAUCAGAUUGUCAGAGUGACAAGUGCUUUGCUGGAUGUUACUGUCAGAAAGGAUUCAAAAGGAUUGAUGGCGUAUGUGUCCCGGAAUAUAAAUGUGGACCUCCGAAAUGUCUGCUACCAAAUGAGGUCUACAAGAAGUGUGGAAGGAUCUGCGAUGAUCAAUGUGACUCUGUACACUUCAAGUGUUUGAGGGAAAGUUGUUUUUCUGGGUGUUUCUGUUCGGAAGGAUAUAAAAGGAUUGGAGGAGCAUGCUUACCGGAGUCUACAUGUCCGCCUGCGCCGUGUGGACCAAAUGAAAUAUACUCCAAGUGUGGAAGGAAAUGUGACGAAGAAUGCAAUAUAUUCAAUGGUCCCUGCAAAACUGAACUCUGCUACCCAGGAUGUUUCUGUCAGGAAGGAUUUACUAGGAUUAAUGGAUCUUGCGUACCAGAAUCCCUGUGUAAAUGUCCUUAUAAUGAGAGGUAUGCUUACAGUAGUGAGUGUAGUGAACAGUGUUUGGCAACGCCAAAGGAUUGUGAAGGAACAUUGGAAACCUUCCGGUGCUCCUGCAAGGAUGGAUUUAAACGAAUCAAUGGUCUGUGUUUGGACGAAAAUCUCUGUCAGUGUUCAGAAAAUGAGGAAUAUGCUUACGGAAAUUCUUGUCAAGAGAAAUGUGGCGUCGGUCCACAAGAAUGCAAGGGUGAAGCUUGCUACAAGGGUUGCUUCUGCAGAGAAGGAUACCGCAGAGUAAGUGGAAAGUGUGUUGCGGAAUCUCAAUGUCCUUGUGGGAAAUACGAAGAGUACAAUUAUGGAAAUGACUGUUACGAAGAAUGCUCAAAGGAUCCAAAACUGUGCCGAAGUGUAGAAACCUACAAGAAAUGCACCUGCAUUGAAGGAUACAAAAGGAUUUACGGAUACUGUAUGCCAGAUACCAAAUGCAAAUGCCUCGUCAAUGAGAUAGUAACUUACUCAAAUGAUUGUUUUGAGCAAUGUGGAACGGAUCCAGCAAAAUGUGCUGAACAGGAUACAAUAAGAGGGUGCGCUUGCAGACCAGGGUACGUCCGAAUAAAUGGCCAGUGCGUUCCAGAUAGUGAAUGUCCUUGUUCAUUUAAUGAAGAGUACGUUGUGGGGAAUUCAUGCGAAGAAGAAUGCAAUGCUACUCCAGAUAGUUGCAAGGAAGUGGCGUCCUAUAAAAGAUGCUCCUGCAGGAGUGGAUUUAAAAGAAUUGAUGGCCUAUGCACGGAACAAUUCCGAUGUCCUUGUGGGAAGAAUGAAAUUUACAAAUUUGGUAACCCUUGCAGUGAAGAUUGUUCAAAGACUGCAUACUACUGCGACAAAGAAGAAUCCUACCAAGGAUGUUUCUGCAAGGAAGGAUACAAGAGGAUCAAUGGAAAGUGUGUGGAAUAUUCAGCUUGCAAAUGUGGGAGUAAUGAGGUGUUUACCUACGGGAAUUAUUGUGACGAAUCAUGUGACUAUACUUUGACCUGUGAUAGUUCGUCAACAGAACUCAGGUGCGUCUGUCUUCCAUUCCACAAGAGGAUCGACGGAGACUGUGUCCAUCAAUCGAACUGCAAAUGUGGAGAAAAUGAAGAGUAUAGAAUCACAGAGGAUGGGGUAAGCACGUGUGUCUGUAAGGAUGGAUUCAGGAAGGAAAAUCGUAAGUGUGUUCCUUACAAUGAGACAAACUGCGGUCCAAAUGAGAUUUAUUCCACAUCAAACGAAUGCACUGAACAAUGUGGAACUGAUCCAGCAACAUGUGGUACGCCAGUUUCCCAACAAAGAUGCCUCUGUCAACCAGGAUACGUCAGGAUAGAUGGAGUUUGUGUUCCUCGUUCCAAUUGUCUAUGUGGAGCAAAUGAAGAGUACACCUACUCCAGUGAAUGUAUCGAAAGAUGUGAAGAAAAUGAAGAUACGUGCAAACACGAAGUUCAGUAUGAGCGAUGUACGUGUUUGAAGUCGUACAAGAGGAUUGAUGGGGUAUGCGAACCAGAUAUAAACUGUGAAUGCCCGGAAAAUGAACACAUGAGGCUUCUUAACGAAUGUUUCGAAGCAUGUGGAACAGAUCCUCGUGAAUGUGCACGUCAAGACGUGGUACGUGGGUGUACUUGUGACGUAGACUAUGUAAGAGUAGAUGGGAAAUGUGUUCCUGAUGUCGAAGCGUGCAUUUGUCCGGAGAACGAAGCAUACCUAAGAUCAAAUGACUGCCUAGAUAGUUGCGACAAAACAAUCGAUGAUUGCGCUAAUGAUUUAGCAUAUCGUAGAUGCGGUUGCAUAGAAGGCUUCAAAAGAAUCGACGGCCAAUGCGUAAAUCAUACCAACUGUCCUUGUGGAGAAAAUGAAGAAUACGGUUACGGAAAUGAAUGCUUCGAGACUUGUGGAACUGAUCCAAUUAAGUGUGCUAGAUUACCAACCGACAAGCGUUGUGUUUGCAAAAAAGAUCACGUAAGGAUUGAUGGAGACUGUGUUCAUAUCUCCAACUGUCCAUGUGGAGAAAAUGAAGAGUAUACUUCCUCUAGUAAAUGCAUUGAGCAAUGUGGAGAAAACGAGGAAACCUGCAAAGAUAAGCGCGAGUAUAGGCGAUGUACAUGUUUGGCAACGUAUAAACGGAUUGAUGGACUAUGCGUACCAGACACAGAAUGCGGUGACUGUCCUGAGAAUGAGGUAAUGGCCUACAUGAAUGAUUGCUUGGAGACAUGUGGCACAGAUCCCGCUGAAUGUGCUCAGGAACCUAGAGUUCGCAAAUGCUUUUGCGUGAUCGGAUACGAGAGGGUAGAUGGCAAGUGCGUAGAUUCAAAUAUAGUAUGUGGUACUGAUUGUCCGAAAAAUGAAGAUUAUAAACUAACAAGUGAGUGCCAUGAUUGGUGCAAUAAAACGAGAUCGGAGUGUGAUUAUGAGUAUAGGCAAUACCGCCAAUGCGGUUGCAAAGAAGGCUUCAAGAGAUUCAAUGGCGAAUGCCUAGAAGAUACCAACUGCCCUUGUCCGGAUAAUGAAGAAUUCGGUUACGGAAAUGAAUGCUUCGAGACUUGUGGAACUGAUCCUCUUGUUUGCGCAUUACUUCCAACACAGAAGCGUUGUGUUUGCAAAGAAGGUCACGUGAGAAUAGGGACGGACUGUGUCCCUUAUAGCGAGUGUCCUUGCGGAGAAAACGAACAGUAUAGGCCAUCCAGUGAAUGUAUUGAGAAAUGUGAAGAAGAUGAAGAGACAUGCCAGGAUGAAAAUCAGUAUUGGCGAUGUUCGUGUCUUGAUCAAUAUAAGAGAAUAAAUGAGAAAUGUGUACCAGAUACAAAAUGUGAAUGUCCAGAAAAUGAACAUAUGGAUAAUAGAAAUGAAUGCUUCGAAUCAUGUGGAACAAAUCCUCGUGAAUGCUUACUUCAACCGACGACUCGUAGAUGCUUUUGUGACUCUGAUCAUGUAAGAAUAGACGGUGUAUGCGAACCUGAGGUGGAACAUUGCACUUGUCCAGAAAACGAAGAACUUAGGAGAACAAAUGAUUGUUUGGAUAGUUGCGAUGGAACGCUCAGUACAUGUAUUAAUGAAUUUACAUAUCUACAUUGCGCUUGCAUAGAAGGCUUCAGAAAAAUCGAUGGUGUAUGUGUAAAUGAUACCAACUGCCCCUGUAAGGAAAACGAAGUGUUCGAUUACGGAAAUGAAUGCUUCGAGACUUGUGGAACUGAUCCUCUCGUUUGUGCACUGCUUCCAACAGAGAAACGUUGUGUCUGCAAGGCAGAUCAUGUGAGAAUCGGUGAAGAUUGUGUUCCAGAUUCGCAAUGCAUGUGCGAACGGUUCGAGGAAUACACCUACGGAAAUGAAUGUAUAGAAGAUUGCGAGAUGUCGAACUCGGACUGUAGAAAUGAGCACUCUUACAAGAGAUGCACAUGCUUAAACGGGCACAAGAGAAUAGGUACUGCAUGCGUUCCAGAUACCGAUUGUACGUGCGAUACCAAUGAAGCCUACCGAUAUGGUAGCCAAUGUUUAGAGGACUGUCGCAAUACUCCUGCGGAUUGUACCCAAGCCGAAUGCGAACGGGGAUGCUUCUGUGCUGAAGGAUUCAAGAGAUUCGGUGAAACCUGCCUACCCGAGGAGCGCUGUGAGUGCGGAGACAAUGAAGAAUACAGAUGUGACUGGGACUGCAAUGAUGAUUGUGAAGGAUUGGACAUGAGCUGUUUAUUAAGUCCCUGUACGCCUGGAUGCUACUGCGUAGAAGGAACCCGAAGGAUCAAUGGCGAAUGCGUUGAUCAGAACCGCUGUACUUGCCGAAGAGGAAAUGAAGUGUUUACUUGUGGAAGGAGGUGCGCGGAAAGCUGUGAGGAUAUUCCGGAUUGUUUAAGUGAACCAUGUGUAUCUGGAUGCUACUGCAGACAAGAGCAUCAUCGAAGGAUCAAUAAUAUAUGUCGCAGCAUGAGUGCUUGCGUCAUCCUUGAAAACACUGGUAAAACUUUGGGUCACAUAGAACACCGUACCAAUCAAACGUCUUAUGCAACGAAAUACGGUACUCGGGGUCAUAUAGUUUUUAAGCCAUAAGCUUUUUAGUAUCAUUCUGUGCGAUACUUUAGCUGCUUUCAUACAGUCUAGCUUGGAGAAAAUGGUUGCGGUUGACUCAUGUUUACUAAAAAAUUAAUCAAAUUUAUUUCGCUUACAAUUAAACGAGCAGAAGAACAAGUUAUUUGGUCAUCUGAAUGAUACUAGCUUGACGGAGCUUUUAUAGUUUUUAUAGAUUCCACCUCGUAUAUUUUAUUCCUAAAAGAUUGUAUGGGAUUAUUUGAAAAUAAGAAAUAAAUGAAAUAAUUUGUGACUACAAAUACAUUGA